CAGCAGGCCGUUCGGCUUCACACAUGUGUCAGAGAUCCGCGUGCAGCAGCAGCAGUAGCAUCAUGUCUGUGUUUAUGGAUCUGAACCUGAACUACACGGCGGAUCAGACCCGCCUGCAGAGUCUGAUCCAGACCGCAGCUCACCUCGGUUUCUCCACAGUCGCCAUCAACUACGUGUUCGAACCGACGGUCAAAAAGAAACAGGAGAUCCCUGUCCCGAAACCGAUCAAUGAGCUGAUUGAUCAGCUGCCGGUUGUACAGGGUCGGUCCCGUCCAAUCAGAGUGCUGAACAGGCUGACCGUGGUGAUGUCAGACUCCAGUCACUUUAGGCCGACCGCUCCGGAGUAUCGGUGUUUUGACCUCCUCGCCGUCCAGCCGACCACAGAGAAACUCUUCCAUGCAGCCUGUAUGACAUAUGAUGUUGACAUCAUCUGUAUCCCAGUCACGGAGAAACUUCCCUUCUUCUUCAAGAGAGCGCCGAUUAACGGGGCUAUCGAGAGAGGGGUGGUGUUUGAGGUGUCGUACUCUGCAGCCAUCAGAGACUCCACCAGGAGACGCUACACCAUCAUUAAUGCUGUGUGUCUGAUGGAGACUUGUAAAGGAAAGAAUGUGAUCCUGUCCAGUGCAGCUGAGAAGCCUCUGGAGCUCAGAGGGCCCUAUGACAUCACCAACCUAGGUUUGUUGUUCGAUUUGUCGGACGAAGACGCCAAAGAAGCCGUGUCCUCUACCUGUCGAUCAGCUGUGCUUCACGCAGAAACGAGGAAGACGGCCAGCGGGAUCAUCUCCACCAUAAAGAGCUGCAGUGAGUCGAGCUGCCAGCAGGAGGCUCCACCUGCAGACUGUGAGUCUCCUGCAGCCAAGAAAGCCAGACCUCACCUGACCGAGUGAUGGACAGCUGAGGAGGGCGGGGCUUCUGAUUCUGAUGUGUUCUUAUUUUUUUUUAUUUUGUUGUUCAGACUGAAUAAAGUUUUUAGUUUCCCAUUAAAAACAGACGUCACAG